AUGGAAAAUGACAGGAACGACAUGGUGACCUCGGUAGGCGAGGAGCCAGUUGCGCCAAUGGGGAAGGAGACCGUCACUCAUGUCGAGAAACAAGCACUCGAGUCCACGUACCGACUAAUUUCAAAUAGGUCCAGCGACGAUGAUAGUGCCGAAAAGGGCCAUGUCGAACGAGUCAACCUGCAGAAUAAUAUCUCAGCCAAGAUCAAGAACCCCCUGGCCGACCUCAGCAAAUCCCAGGUCCUCCGUGACGUGGAAGAGUUCGCCAACGAAUACAAUGUCACUGAUAUUCUUCCCGAAUUGAAAAAGGGCGCUCUGGUUGCACGCGACCCAGAGGAGUUCGACUCUAUGCCUGACUUGACAGAGCAAGAAGUCAACGCGUUACGCGACGAAGUCCUCCAUAAGUGGCGUCAGCCUUCGGCUCUUUACUUUACCAUCAUCCUCUGCUCGAUUGGUGCCGCUGUACAAGGCUGGGAUCAGACCGGUUCCAAUGGUGCUAAUCUCUCUUUCCCCGACGCCUUUGGCAUUCCCGAAGAUGGGAAUAUUCGUAAUCAAUGGAUCGUUGGCGUCGUCAACGCCGCUCCCUACAUUGCCAGUGCCGGUCUGGGCUGCUGGCUCUCUGACCCAUUGAAUCGUGUUCUCGGUCGUCGUGGUGUCAUCUUCAUCUCCGCCAUUUUCUGUGUCUUGACUCCCAUCGGUUCAGCACUCACCCAGAGCUGGCCUCAGCUCUUCGUCGCCCGUCUACUGCUCGGACUUGGCAUGGGCUUGAAGGCAUCUACCAUUCCUAUCUUCUGUGCCGAGAAUUCGCCUGCCAUCAUCCGUGGCUCGCUAGUGAUGUGUUGGCAAUUAUGGACGGCAUUUGGUAUCUUCCUAGGCUUCUGUGCCAACCUGGCUGUUAAGGAUACUGGGAGACUGUCGUGGCGCUUGCAGCUUGGGUCGGCAUUCAUCCCUGCAGUUCCUCUGGUGUGCGGUGUCUUUUUCUGUCCCGAGUCUCCUCGUUGGUACAUCCGGCGUGGUGAGAUGGGCAAAGCCUAUCAGUCUCUCUGCCGUCUUCGUAACACCUCGUUGCAGGCAGCUCGGGAUCUGUACUAUAUCCACGCGCAGAUCCAGAUUGAGCAGGGCUUGAUUGGUGACAGCAACUAUGUCACUCGUUUUGUUGAGCUGUUUACUAUUCCUCGCGUGCGUCGAGCUACCUUGGCCUCGUUCACUGUGAUGAUUGCGCAGCAGAUGUGCGGAAUCAAUAUCAUUGCCUUCUAUUCCUCGACUAUUUUCUCCCAGGCCGGUGCCAGUGAUACCAGCGCGUUGUUUGCCUCCUGGGGUUUCGGCCUGGUGAACUUCCUCUUCGCCUUCCCAGCUAUUUGGACGAUCGAUACCUAUGGACGACGGGCUCUGCUUCUGUUCACCUUCCCCCAGAUGGCGUGGACUCUACUUGCCGCUGCAUUCUGCUUCUAUGUCCCCGGAACUGGUGGAGCUCACCUGGGCUCAAUCGCCCUUUUUGUCUUCCUCUUUGCCGCCUUCUACUCUCCUGGAGAAGGACCCGUGCCUUUCACUUACUCUGCCGAAGUAUUCCCUCUGUCUCAUCGUGAGGUUGGUAUGUCCUGGGCUGUCGCAACCUGCCUCGGCUGGGCUGCGGUGCUUUCGAUUACAUUCCCUCGCAUGCUCUUUGCCAUGACCCCCACCGGCGCAUUCGGGUUCUACGCUGGCCUCAACGUGACCGCCCUGGUUAUGAUCUUCCUGUGGGUCCCCGAGACUAAGCAGCGUACCCUGGAGGAACUCGACUAUAUCUUUGCGGUGCCUACACGCGUGCACAUGCACUAUCAAGUCACCAAGGCACUUCCGUAUUGGUUCAAGCGCUAUAUCUUCCGGCAGAAUGUGACGUUGGAGCCACUGUACACGUUUGACCACAUUGCUACUGGCACUAUUGCUGAUAGCACCGACGUCAAG